GCUCUCUCUGCCUUGCCAGGUUUCCAGCCGAAGCCGAGAUGGCGCAGUGGAAUCAGCUGCAGCAACUGGACACGCGGUACCUGGAGCAGCUGCAUCAGCUCUACAGUGACAGCUUCCCCAUGGAGCUCAGGCAGUUCCUGGCCCCCUGGAUUGAGAGCCAGGACUGGGCGUACGCGGCCAGCAAGGAGUCCCACGCCACACUGGUGUUCCACAACCUGCUGGGAGAGAUCGAUCAGCAAUACAGCCGGUUCCUGCAGGAAUCCAAUGUCCUCUACCAGCAUAACUUGCGCCUAAAGGCUCAAAAACCAGAAGAAAGAUUCCAAUUUAUACAGAGCAGGUACCUGGAAAAGCCCAUGGAGAUCGCCCGGAUCGUGGCCCGGUGCCUCUGGGAAGAAUCUCGCCUGCUCCAGACGGCCGCGACCGCAGCCCAGCAAGGCGGGCAGGCAGCCCACCCCCCGGGAGCCUCUGCCCUGAGCUGACCCCGGCUCCUGGGCUUGCAGGAUCUGGAGCAAAAGAUGAAAGUGGUGGAGAAUCUCCAGGACGACUUCGACUUCAACUACAAGACGCUGAAAAGCCAAGGAGAUAUGCAGGACCUGAAUGGAAACAAUCAGUCCGUGACGCGGCAGAAGAUGCAGCAGCUGGAGCAGAUGCUGACGGCGCUGGACCAGAUGCGCAGGGGGAUCGUGAGCGAGCUGGCCGGGCUGCUGUCGGCCAUGGAGUACGUGCAGAAGACGCUGGCGGACGAGGAGCUGGCGGACUGGAAGAGAAGGCAGCAGAUCGCGUGUAUCGGGGGCCCUCCCAACAUCUGCCUAGACCGCCUGGAAAAUUGGAUCACGUCCCUCGCAGAGUCCCAGCUUCAGACGCGGCAGCAGAUCAAGAAGCUGGAGGAGCUGCAGCAGAAAGUCUCCUACAAAGGGGACCCGAUUGUCCAGCACCGGCCCAUGCUGGAGGAGAGGAUCGUGGAGCUGUUCAGGAAUCUCAUGACGAGCGCCUUCGUGGUGGAGCGGCAGCCCUGCAUGCCCAUGCACCCGGAUCGGCCCCUGGUCAUCAAAACCGGCGUGCAGUUCACCACCAAAGUCAGGCUACUCGUCAAAUUUCCUGAGCUCAACUAUCAGCUGAAGAUUAAAGUCUGCAUCGACAAGGACUCGGGGGACGUUGCCGCGCUCCGGGGGUCCCGGAAGUUUAACAUCUUGGGCACGAACACCAAGGUUAUGAACAUGGAGGAGUCGAACAACGGCAGCCUGUCAGCAGAGUUCAAGCAUCUGGUAAGUUGCGGGGCCCCCGGCAUCCCCUGAACGGCCUCCCUGUCCUCCCAGGCCUCCCUGAUUGUCACGGAGGAGCUGCACCUCAUCACCUUCGAGACCGAGGUCUAUCACCAGGGCCUGAAGAUCGACUUGGAGACCCACUCGUUGCCUGUCGUGGUCAUCUCCAACAUCUGCCAGAUGCCCAACGCCUGGGCCUCCAUCCUGUGGUACAACAUGCUGACGAACAACCCCAAGAACGUGAACUUCUUCACCAAGCCCCCGAUCGGCACGUGGGACCAGGUGGCCGAGGUGCUGAGCUGGCAGUUCUCCUCCACCACCAAGCGGGGGCUCAGCAUCGAGCAGCUGACCACGCUGGCGGAGAAGCUCCUAGGGCCCGGCGUCAACUACUCCGGCUGCCAGAUCACCUGGGCCAAGUUCUGCAAGGAAAACAUGGCCGGCAAAGGGUUUUCCUUCUGGGUCUGGCUGGACAACAUCAUCGACCUGGUGAAGAAAUACAUCCUGGCGCUGUGGAAUGAGGGGUACAUCAUGGGCUUCAUCAGCAAGGAGCGGGAGCGCGCCAUCCUGAGCACCAAGCCGCCCGGCACCUUCCUGCUGCGCUUCAGCGAGAGCAGCAAGGAGGGGGGUAUCACCUUCACCUGGGUGGAGAAGGACAUCAGCGGGAAAACCCAGAUCCAGUCCGUGGAGCCGUACACCAAGCAGCAACUCAACAGCAUGUCCUUCGCGGAAAUCAUCAUGGGCUACAAGAUCAUGGAUGCCACCAACAUCCUGGUCUCGCCCCUGGUCUACCUGUACCCCGACAUCCCUAAGGAGGAAGCCUUUGGCAAAUACUGCCGCCCCGAGAGCCAGGAGCACCCCGAAGCUACGGACUCAGGCACCGCGCCGUACCUGAAGACCAAGUUCAUCUGCGUCACCCCAACGACCUGCAGCAACACCAUCGACCUGCCCAUGUCCCCGCGCACACUGGACUCGCUCAUGCAGUUUGGCAAUAACAGCGAGGGAGCCGAGGCCAACGCCGGAGGCCAGUUUGAGUCUCUGACCUUCGACAUGGAGCUGACUCCGGAGUGCACCGCCUCGCCCAUGUGAGGGACGCAGCCCCGGCUCUGCCCUCCUGCCACAUCUCUUAGGGGAGCAUCUGGACAGCUCGACCUGCCUGGCUCCAUGUCGUUCCCUCGCCCUCACCCCACUAGGUCACACGUUGGCUCCGUGGCCAGAGCAUCCCCGGGCUGCGGCCUGGGGGGGGACGCAGGCCUGGGGUGUCCUGACCCACUGGCAGCUGUCGAACAGGAGUGCCCCGCUGGCACUCAGAGGCGGUGCCUGUGGGUCUGGGGGGAGGGAACCCGUUUUUCUAUUUCCUUCCAUAACACACGUUUCCUGCUCGAUGAAGUGCCUGUCCGUCUCUGACUGCCGCUGCCUCCAUCCGUGCCGCGCCAUUCCCAGGCCUCCGCAGCCCCUGUCCCAGCCACCCCCCGCACAAUCAGCCACGUCCCCACCAGGACUUUCACUGAGUCUGUUUCUUCCAGGCAGCUGGGAGAGGAGCCCAGCAGCCCUACUGCCAAGUGCUGUAGCUAGUCAGCAUAGGGGUGAGUCCUGUGGGCAUGAGCAGCAUCUACCGGGCGGGGGAGCGGCUUCCCCCUGCAGGCAGGACACUCCGUGAUGGUUGGCCCUCCCCUGAGGCCCUUGGUUCGGAGGCUGGGCUGGAUGGGCCAUCUCCCGGUCCCAUCCGCUCUUCUGGCCCCUGAGCUGGAGGCCGAUGCGAACGGGGCGGUUCUGCUCCCUGCUCCGAUCAGCCGUUUGGCUAGACCUAGGGCGUAGGACGAGCAAGCCAAGUGCCGCCCUGCCCAGGGCUUGCCUGGAGUGCCGGAGCUGCGGGCAG